UGCUCGAUGACUAAGGGUGCCAGGGCGGUGCUGCUCUGGGGUGGGGAGUCGGACUCCCUGAUGUUAUCAGACUCGGGCUGUUCCUCCUAGCCUCCAGGUGUCCGGCAAAUCAGCACACAGCCUGUCACUAACCUUGGCAAGCCGGUCCAGGCUUAACGCACAGCCACUGGAGGCCGGGCGCGGGAGCGGGAUGUACCUGUGCUGGGGCGCCAGCUCCAAAGGACCUCUGCGCCGGAGGCCUGCGGCCCGGGGCAGUCCCGAGCUUCGGCAGGCCGCCAGCGGGGAGCGCCACUCGCUGCUGCUGCUGAGCGACGGCGCUGUGCACUCAUGCGGGGACAACAGCCGGGGCCAGCUGGGGCGGAGAGGCUUGCAGCGCGAGGAGCAGCCAAAACCAAUUCAGGCAUUGGAAACUCUACGUGUUGAACUGGUGAGCUGUGGAAAGGAACACUCCCUUGCUGUCUGUUACAAAGGAAGGGUCUUCGCAUGGGGAGCUGGUUCUGAAGGGCAGCUGGGAAUUGGAGAAUUUAAGGAAAUAAAUCUUAUACCUCAGAAGAUAAAAACUCUGACUGGUAUAAAAAUUAUACAAGUUUCCUGUGGAAACUACCACUCUCUGGCAUUAUCAGAAGAUGGCCAAGUGUUUUCAUGGGGAAGUAACAGCCAUGGGCAGCUGGGCCUGGGGAAAAAGCUCCCCUCCCAAGCCAGCCCACAGAGGGUGAGGUCCCUGGAUGGCAUCCCCCUGGCUCAGGUGGCUGCAGGCGGGGCCCACAGCUUUGCCCUGUCUCUCUCUGGGACUUCAUUUGGCUGGGGAAGCAACAAUGCAGGGCAGCUGGCCUUCUUCGGGAGUAAUGUUCCAGUGCAAAGCUACAAGCCUCGUUCAGUUAGUGCGCUGAAAACUCUCGGUGUGGUUUAUAUCAGCUGUGGUCAUGAGCACACUGCAGUGCUUACCCAGAAUGGGAAAGUGUUCACAUUUGGAGACAAUAGCUGUGGACAGCUGGGACACAGCCCCACUGCUGAGAAGACAGGUCCACAACUCAUGGAAGGAAUUGAAGGCCUAGUUUCACAGAUAGACUGCGGAAGUUACCAUACCCUUGCGUAUGUCUACACCACAGGCCAGGUGGUAUCUUUUGGUCGCGGACCAAGUUGCAAAAGCUGCUCAAAUCAUCCGGAGCCUCUGACAGAGAACACUGACGUUACCUGCCUGAUUUCUGCUGAGAGACUUGUGGAUGUUCAAGUCAAGCACAUUUUUGCUGGAACACAUGCCAAUUUUGUGACAACUUACAAGGAUACUAGUUCCACAAAUGUUUCCAGGAAAAUCCUGCCAGAAAUAAGCCAAAUUAACCAGUCCCUGACAGAGAAAUGGAUGGCAGUGACAAGAGGAAGCAGUGAACAUGAAAUGGCUACAAGCGAAGUUAGGAUGAUAUUUUCAUCUCCUGCUUGUCUGACUGCAAGUUUUUUAAAGAAAAGAGAAUCUGUAGAAACGAUUUCCAUUGAUGUGGACUUACAAAUGGCAAGAGAUACCUUCGAGAAGUUGACAAAAACAGAAUGGAUUUCUUCCAUGAUAACUACAGGUUUUAGGGAUAAUCUGCUCAGAGCUCUUCCAUGUCAUUCUCCACACCAAGAAGCAUUAUCAGUUUUCCUUCUGCUCCCAGAAUGUCCUGUGAUGCAUGAUUCUAAGAACUGGAGGAGUCUGGUGGUUCCAUAUGCAGAAGCUGUUUGUAAAAUGAGUGACCGAUCUUUACGAGUCCUGAAGAAGUGCUGGGGAUCUUUGCAAGAAUCUUCUCUCAAUACACUGGUCCAGAUGCUCAAAAAUGCCAUCGUCUCUCAGCUGCGUUCCUGGCCUAAAAUUGAAACCAAUGAGAAUCACUGCAAUCUUAAAGCUCUUCUAGGAAUGGUGAAACAAGUGUAUAAGGUAAAUAAAGCUAGGUGUCGACUACCAGAAGAUACUUUCAACAUAAACGAACUCUCCUAUUUGCUGAACUUUCAUGAAGACAGAAGAAGACUGUUCCUUAGGGAUAACAACCUAAUACCUGCGGAAAACCUCAGUCCCAUUAUUUUCAGUGAUUUUCCAUUUAUUUUUAAUUUGCCAUCCAAAAUUAAAUUAUUACAAGCUGAGUCCUAUUUAAAAAUAAUGGGCUUAAAACAGAAAGAAUACCUGGAUUGGGGGCAAGUGAAUCUGCCAACAAAGGAUGGACAACCUACAUUUACACUUAGAGUCAGACGAAGUCAUCUAGUUGAAGAUGCUCUGCUUCAGUUAAGCCAAGUUGAAGACACUGACCUCUGUAAAUUAUUAGUGAUUGAAUUUAUUAAAGAAAUUUGUUCUGUGGGAGAAGGGGUAAAAUCUGAGUUCUUCCACUGUGUAUUUGAAGAGAUGACCAAGACAGAAUAUGGAAUGUUCAUAUAUCCUGAAGAGGGUUCCUACAUGUGGUUUCCUGUCAGCCCUAAAUUUGAGAAGAAGAGAUAUUUUCUCUUUGGGAUGCUGUGUGGACUCUCCCUGUACAAUUUAAAUGUUGCCAACCUUCCUUUCCCACUGGCUCUCUUUAAGAAACUUCUGGACCAAAAGGCAUCAUUGCAAGAUUUAAUAGAACUCAGUCCUCUUCUCGGAAAGAAUUUGCAAGAAAUUCUAAAUAAUGAAGCUGAUGACAUUGGAGAAGAGCUUUACAUAUAUUUUUCUAUACACUGGGACAAAAAUGAUGUGGAUUUAAUUCCAAAUGGGAUCUCUGUACCUGUGGACCAAACCAACAAGAAAGAAUAUGUUUCCGUAUGUGUUGAUUACAUUUUCAACACCUCUGUAAAGGCAGUUUAUGAGGAAUUUCAGAGAGGAUUUUAUAAAGUCUGUGACAAGGAGAUGCUUACAAUUUUCCAGCCCGAAGAACUAAUGACAGCAGUGGUUGGAAAUACUGAUUAUGACUGGAAACAGUUUGAAAAGAAUUCACAAUAUGGUCAAGGAUACCACAAAUCACACCCUACUAUACUGAUGUUUUGGAAAGCUUUCCACAAAUUAACUUUGGAGGAAAAGAGAAAAUUCCUCUUUUUUCUUAAAGGAAAUGACAGGCUGCAUGCAAGAGGCAAACAGGAAAUGGGAAUCCUCUUUCGCUGUCCCAAAACUUUCAGUGAAAGAGAUAACCCAAGAGCAUUGACAUGUCAUAAUAUUCUGGACCUCCCUAAAUAUUCUACGAUGCAAAGAGUGGAGGAGGCCCUUCAAGUAGCCAUCAACAGCAACAAAGGAUUUGCUUCCCUCCAAAUCACAGACUGACUCCUGAUAGUUUUGGUGAUGCCUUGUAUUCUCAGGCCCUCUCAUCUUCAACUCGUUUGUUCUUCCUUAGGUCUAAGUGACACAAAGGGUUGAAUAGAUUUUAGAAUUAGUUGACAAAUGUUGGGGUAAACAAUAAUAUGAUGAAUCAAGAAUAAUUUUUUAAGAAUAAUUUUUUAAUAAAUUAACAUUUCUUGAUCCCUAAAUUUGUUAUUUGAAUGUUUGCUUUUUACUGAAUUAUUCCUGAACAAUAAUUUUCAUGUAAAAAUAAACUGAAUAUUAAAAGCCAACAGAUAUUUUUAAAAAUGUUGUUCAUCUAGGGGCACCUGGGUGGCUCAGCUGGUUAAGAGUUCAACUCUUGAUUUCAGCUCAGGUCAUGAUCUCAUUGCCUGUGAGUUCAAGCCCCAUGUCCUGCUUUGCGCUGACAGUGCAGAGCCUGCUUGGGAUUCUCCCUCUCCUUGUCUCUCUGCUUCUCUCUCUCUUUCUCUAAUUAAAUAAAUAAACUUUGGAAAGAAACAAUAAAAUAAAAUGUUGUUCAUCUAAUAAACACUGUCUGCAAAUAUUAAAGAUAUUAUGCUGGUUUGAAAAAAUAAAGUAAUUCAACAGGGUUUUGAGGCAUGUAAAUAUAUAUUUUAUAUUCUAAAAUGUCUUGAAUUUAGCCAGCUGCUGAGUAAUUUUAUUGAAAAAUCUAUAUGUUAAAGGAUUCAUUAGUUCAUUGAAUAAAUACUUAUCCUCAAUCCUGUUCCAAGAGUCAGUCUAAAUGCAUAUAUCAUUAUUUUGGUUAAACACUGAGCCCAACCAGGAGCUCCCAUCCGAUGGUAGUUGGAGAAAAUGAA